AUGCUGAUCUCACAAUCGCUAACCACGGUAGGCGUCCGGGUAGCGUACAUGGCGUCAGAAUCAGCUCUACUUCGGCAGAAGCGGUCUCCCAGCGAUGACCAUCUUCAGCAGGCAUACAACGCCACUGAUGGUAACGACGCUGUUCUAACAUCCACGGACUCGUCGUCAAACUGCAUAUUGAGCUUUCGUCUUGGUCUUGUUCUUGCAGUCUUGAAUGGUUUUCAUCAAGUAGCUGCUGGUGACUGGACUGCCCCGCUUGAGAAAAACACCAUCUCCAGUCCACUUUCUCGGAAACUUGAAACAAAGUCCCUCCAGCAAAUGACCAACGUGUGCUGUGCGGCUAUAGCCGCUGUACGCAUCGAUCUUUGUCCGACAUCUAGACGAGCUACUCCGGAUGCUUGA